AUGGCAUUGACAACAGUAAGGGUGGCUUUGCGUGUGCGACCCUUUAAUGAAAAGGAACUGAAAGAGACACAUCAAAUAGAAAAUCUCAUCACAUUUGUGCCUGGGCAACCACAACAAAUCAGCAUAGAUCAGGAUCGUCGUCAUUUUACAUUUGAUUAUGUUUAUCCACCCCAUAAAAGCCAAACCGAUGUCUAUCUGUCCUGUAUUCAGCCAUUGUUUGAUCAGUUUGUCCAUGGUUAUAAUGCAACCAUAUUGGCUUAUGGUCAAACCGGCAGCGGCAAAACUUACAGCAUGGGCACAACCACUACUGCUGAUUUCUCUAGCGAACAUGUUGGCAUUGUUCCACGUUUUGCUGACAAUCUGUUCAGCUGGAUUGAAUACCAGCAGAACCAGCCUAAUAACAACACUCAAUACAGUGUUAAGGUGUCAUUUCUUGAAUUAUACAAUGAAGACAUCAUUGAUCUAUUAAAUACCAACACCAAAAAUGCAUCUAUCACUAUCCGAGAAAACGCAAAUGGAAAUAUCACUUGGUCAGGUGUACAAGAAGAACCCAUUCAAGGUGCUGCAGAUCUUUUGAGCUGUCUUUCUCGAGGGUCCACUGCUCGUACUACCGCAUCCACCGAUAUGAAUGCUAGUUCCUCUAGGUCGCACGCUAUAUUCUCAGUGUCCUUGACGCAAAACAUGAACGUGACAGUAGAGAAUAACGAUACGAUUGCAAAGACAUUGGAGUCCAAAUUUCAUUUCGUUGAUCUUGCUGGCUCUGAACGGCUGAAAAAGACAAAUGCAGUUGGUGACAGGGCAAAGGAAGGCAUAUCCAUCAAUUCUGGACUCUUGGCUCUUGGCAAUGUAAUAUCUGCAUUGGGAGAUGAAUCUAGGCGUCAACAACAACACAUCCCAUAUAGAAACUCGAAAUUGACAAGACUUUUACAAGACAGUCUUGGUGGUAAUAGCCAGACCCUCAUGCUGGCAUGCGUUUCACCAUCUGACACAAACGCUAACGAAACUUUGAGCACGCUGAAAUAUGCCAAUCGAGCCAAGAAUAUCACAAACACGGUUGUACUAAACCAACAGCAAAGCCUCACGGAUACCUUGAAAGAGGAAAUUGCGCACCUAAAAGAAGAGAUUCGAAUCAAUGAUGCUUUCAUCAAGGAGGUCCAUGUAGAAUUGAAUGAUCUAAGAGCUAAAAAUACGACAUUAGAAUCGUUGAUUUAUUGCCACAAUAACAUCGGGUUACCCAAUCCAGCGCAAAGCACCACGAUGGAUGAAACAAGAAUAUUAUCGUCACUCAUGGCUCGUUCGCAGCAGCUGCAACCACAAACAACCACAAAAACAUCACCUGCCAUUUCUGUCAUCAAUAACAGCACUGACACGAUAGCGGACGAUCAAGUAACGUUAGUUGGCUCUUCCAUGGAUGAGACUAUGAGUGCCUCCACGAGUACCAAGCGAAAACGAAAGAGUACAAGCAACAACAACCAUGUCAGAAAAAGAGUCGCAGCCACUGCAGCAGCUACUGCUGAAAACGAUCAGAAUUCACUCCUGUUAUCAUUAGAUAAACAUAAGCAUCGCAUGAAGAAAGAGUAUUUGUUUGUCAAACAAAUAAAGAAUCAACCUACCCUCACAUCUGAUCCAAACAAAAUUACAAAGCUUAUCAACAUGUUUCUAUCGAGCAUCAGAGAGCAAAAACAACUGGUUCAGCUAGUCGAGCAGAGCAGUAAGCAACCACCGCAAGCAGCCAUCAUCAAGAAGCCUCUUCCUCCUUCGUCUAUUCCAAUCAGCAGAAAGAAAGAGCUUGAUCAAUCAAAGCCUAGUUUCAUCAAGCAACCCACUGCCAUCUCACUAUUGAAUACAACUUCUGACACUCUCACUCAUUCAUUGAUGCUGGAGCAUCAGACAAUGUCAAGUCAACUGAAGCAAAUUAUGGCUGCCAUCAAGAAGGCCAUGGUUCUGACAAGUAACCCGUCCACAACCCUUUCGCAACUAAAACCUAUACUCAAUAGAGCUGCUCUUAUAUAUACCCAACACUCAAACAGCACCAAAAACGCACACAACAACAGCAGCAGCACCCACAGUAACAACAGCACAGCUACUGCAAAAAACAGUAAAGCCAACAAUGGCAGUACUCGAAGUCAGAAUGGAUCAAGCAUCCCAGGCGGAUCAGAUAAGAGACAAAGUAGUACCGCUAACAAGAAGCGAGUGGAUAUUGAGGAUGUCCGUGCAGAGAUCAAGAGAAUAAUGGCUUUUGAACACAUCAAACUUCAUCCCCUUUGUUUAGAAAUGUUGGAUUCCUUGAAGCAACAAAAAAUCAAAUUGAUGAGAGAGCAAAAAGACUUGCUGAAAGAGAGGCAUGACAUGCUCCAAGAGUUUUACAAGGACGAGUUCUCGGAACAACAGCAAAAGCAGCAGUACAUGGACGAGAGAAUCGACACCAUUACUGUUCAAGUAGACUUGCUCACAGAACACAUCAAACUAUUGACAUCGACUACAAAAUCUACAUUGGGCAGCAGCAACAACAGAAACAACCACAGCUUGAUCGACAUACUGAAGCACUUGAAAGAGGGCGAUUUGCGUGCUCUCAUUUUGUUGAUCAUUCAACAGGACCUGGUUUCUUUUUAUCUUCAAUCAGAAAUCAGUCGACACACAUCAGAGGCACUGUAUAGAUUUCAACAAGGAAUAGUGCAAUUGCGAAGGGCCAGCGAUGAGAUUAACAAUCAGAUACUGACAGAUCUUUUAAGGUCUCCUAUACGAUGUCUUUCAAACGGAUUGUUACUGAUUUCAGGCAAGUAA